GCCUGUCUGUCUGGGCUCCUGUGGUUCGGUGUGUGCUGCAACAGGAAGGUGUGUGCAUGAAUGUGUGUGAGUGUGAGAAGGUUGAAAGUAAGGCUGCAAAGGACUGGCCAGGUGCUCCUCUCAUUGAAAGUGAAAUUUCUGAUCAUUGAAUAGUAGAGGAGGAGGAUUACGAAGAUGCUUGGUGUCCCUCAGAGUCUGCGAGCUCAGGUGAGCCCUGGGCUCCAGACUAAGUGUUAGUCAUGUUGCGGCAGUCCGAGCCAACCUCCAGCACCCUGCACCUGGUAGCCAGUGACAUGAGCAACAUCAUGGAGCAACUGGACUCUAAAGACCUCGACGUCGGUGACUGCGAGUUCAAAGCGGCGACUCCCCGGGAUCGGUUUCCCUUCACAGCCAUUUACAAGACGGUGGGUUUCAAGGAGCCCGAGGCCAAUGUCUUCCUGUCUUCUCCCAUCACUGCCAAAAUCUUGGAAGCAGAACGAUAUACAGCGAAUCAGGGAAGAGUUGGCAGCAACAUGCAGAGGAGCGUCAAUAAGGCGUCGGCAGCUUUGUAUACGAUCGAGCUGAAGCACGGGGAGUUUACGUGGUACGUGAAGAAGAAAGAGAAACACUUUCAUGACCUUCACAAAGACCUGAAGUUAUACAAGAGGCUCACACGGCUUCAUCUAUCCCGAGGAAACACAAUAAAAAGAAGAAGUACAAUGCCAAAUACGGAGAUGGCAGAGAUACCAGAGUUCCCCCAGGGAGAAGGGACGAGCCAAAGGGGAGACUACGUUUCCAGUCUGAGGACAAAACUUGAAGAUUACUUGAACAGCCUGCUGAAGGUGCCGAUGUACAGGAGCUGCCACGACAUGAUGGAGUUCAUAGCUGCCAGUCAGCUUUCCUUCAUUCAUGAUUUAGGACCAAAAGGCUUGGAAGGAAUGGUGCUAAAGCGUUCUGGCGGCCAUCGUAUUCCUGGGUUGAACUGCUGUGGUCGAAGUAGAUUAUGCUACCGCUGGUCCAAACGGUGGCUGGUGGUGAAAGACUCUUUCCUGAUGUACAUGAAACCAGACUCCGGUGCCAUCGCCUCUGUGAUGCUUUUCGAUAAAGAGUUCAACAUCAAAAUGGACUCCAAGUACACUGAAACCAAGCAUGGCAUCCGCAUCGACAGCCUCUCCAGGUCCUUGGUGUUGAAGUGCUCUAGCUACAGACAAGCCCUCUGGUGGGGUAAGUCCAUUGAAGAGUUUUCCCAAAAGUACGGCUCCGCCUUCCUCAAAGACCAUCGCUUUGGAUCCUUCGCCAGAGAGGAGGAGAACAUCCUAGCAAAAUGGUAUGUAAAUGGUAAAACCUACAUGGAGGACGUGGCUGACGCUCUGGAAGCGGCCAAAGAGGAAAUCUUCAUCACAGACUGGUGGUUGAGUCCUGAGAUCUUCCUGAAGAGGCCAGUCGUUGAAGGAAACCGAUGGCGUCUGGACUGCAUCCUGAGGCGCAAAGCGGAACAAGGUGUGCGGAUAUUUGUGAUGCUGUACAAGGAGGUGGAGUUAGCUCUGGGAAUCAACUCCGGCUACAGCAAGAGGACACUGCUGCGCCUGCACCCCAACAUCAAGGUGAUGCGCCACCCGGACCACGUUUCCUCCGCCGUCUAUCUGUGGGCACACCACGAGAAGAUCAUCGUCAUCGAUCAGUCUGUGGCCUUCGUGGGUGGGAUCGACCUGGCGUACGGCCGCUGGGACGACGAGGAACAUCGACUCACGGACAUCGGGAGUGUGACCAUUUCUCAAAUGGAGCAGGCUGCAGCUGUUUCCUCCACCGUCGCUGCUUCAGCCAAUGGCAGCACCAGCUCUCCCAGGAGCCAACGGACGGCGGCAGACUCUGGAGACCAGCCCAGGCUGAAGGGUCAGGGGAGGUUUAAGAGGACCAGGAUGAGCAUUAAGAAACGCCUGCAGAAACAUGGACUGGCUCGCGUUGACAGCGACAGUGACAGCGACCUGGAGGAAGACCAGAGGAACCAGUCUGUGCGAAGUCUUCAUACAGGUGUGGGAGAUCUGUUUGGAGACACGAGGUUCUGGCACGGCAAAGACUACUGCAACUUUGUGUACAAGGACUGGAUCCAGCUGGACAAACCUUUUGAUGAUUUCAUAGACAGACAUAAAACUCCCAGAAUGCCUUGGCAUGACAUCGCUUCUGUCGUUCACGGGAAGGCGGCUCGAGACGUGGCUCGACACUUUAUCCAGCGCUGGAAUUUCAACAAGAUCAUGAAGCCCAAAUACAGAUCGUUAUCAUAUCCCUACCUGCUGCCAAAGUCCCACAGCACAGCUGGAGAGCUACCAUACCAGGUUCCCAACUGCGUCACCACUAAAGUGCAGGUGCUUCGCUCUGCGUCAGAUUGGUCGGCUGGUAUCAAAUACCAUGAGGAGUCCAUCCAUAACGCUUACGUCCACGCCAUCGAGAACAGCAAGCACUUCAUCUACAUUGAGAAUCAGUUCUUCAUCAGCUGCGCAGAAAACAAGCUUGUCUACAACAAGAUAGGAGAUGCUAUAGCAGAACGCAUCAUCAAGGCCUACAGAAAUGGUGAGAAGUACCGUGUUUACGUGGUGACGCCUCUGCUGCCGGGCUUCGAAGGCAACAUCAACACCGGGGGGGGCAGCGCCAUCCAGGCUGUGAUGCACUUCAACUACAGAACCAUGAUUAAAGGAGAUCGCUCCAUCAUCGCCCAGCUGCAGAAAGAGAUGGGGGGGCAGUGGAUAAACUACAUCUCCUUCGCCGGUCUGAGGACCCACGCCGAGCUGGAGGGGACGCUGGUCACCGAGCUCAUCUACGUCCACAGCAAGAUGCUCAUCGCCGACGACAACACCGUCAUCAUCGGCUCUGCUAACAUCAACGACCGCAGCAUGCUGGGGAAGAGGGACAGCGAGGUGGCGGUGAUCGUGGAGGACUCGGAGACGGUGGAUGGCGUGAUGGACGGGCAGCCGUACAAGGCCGGGAAGUACGCCCUGCAGCUGCGCCUCCACUGCUUCAGGAUGGUCCUCGGGGCCAAGUCCGACCCGUCCAUCGACGUGUCCGAUCCCAUCAGCGACCAGUUCUACAAGGACACCUGGAUAACCACCUGUGCCAAAAACGCCUCCAUCUACCAGAAGGUUUUCUGCUGUCUGCCGUCCAGCGAUGUCCGCAGCAUGUCGGAGCUGGAGGGUUUCCUGGCCAAGCCGGCUCUGGCCAAAGAGGACCCUGCUCAGGCUCGGGAGGAGCUCAAGAAGAUCCGUGGCUUCCUGGUCCAGUUCCCUCUGUACUUCAUGAGCGAACAGAACCUUCUCCCUCCCAUCGGCUCCAAGGAGGCCAUGGUUCCCAUGGAGGUGUGGACCUGAGGAGCCUGUUUGAUUCAUCGCUGACGCCAUGUUGGAGGUCCGAAAGAAAACGACUGUUCAGGCUUGAAUCACAUGAAGGCAGGAAGCAGCUGGGUUCAGAUCCACGUCCCCGAGCUCAAUUAACACUAAUCAACCCGCCGGAGAUCCAGCCUGAUGAUUAGGCAUUGCCAAAGACAGAAACACAUUGGUGAGAAAAAAAAUAGAUAAAUAAGAGCGAGAAAAUCUGCCUGCAAGGCUCAACCCUGGGUAAAAUAACCCAAAUGACACUACAGUUAAAGCAGCCGUUUUCUUUCUCUAAAGCUCCUCUGGAAAAAUCAUCCCUUCACAUUCCAGGGAAACGGAGGAAUGACCAGUUUCUCUUCAGAGAUGCCAGAUUUUCUCCAAAACAGCAGGCUGUACUAGAAACCCUUUCUUUGUUCAAACUAUGAAUCAACCAGCUGCUGCGGUCAGGGGUCCGUGUCACUGUAAAACCUCCACCAGCUUGGCCUCAAGUCUAUCAUCAUCAUCAUCAUCAUCCCGAUCAGGUGGAAACACUGCCCAGCAGACGCAGAGUUAAACUCCACCAUGCCUGAAAGUCUGCUUCCUCCUGGUCGGAUACUGACUGUGCAGCUCUGCUCCUGCUGCCCCCCCUAUGCAUCAUCCGAGGCUGGGAAACGCAGCUUGUUUGCUAAAAAAAAAAAAGACACUAACUGGAUUAAAAAAAGACGAAAAAGAUGAAGAAGAUGAUCAAACUUGUCUCGUAUUUAACUGUUAUUUUUCAAAGUGCCAAAACAAAGAUCCCAGCACACAUUUACAUUCCUCAGACUGUGGAUUACGCCUUAAAUGACUUGUUCUCUAUAUGUGAUGUGCUACAUCUGCAUAGAGAUUAUAUUAUGCAUGUAUCUCUUUAAUUUAGAUCUGUUUAUCUUUUGUUUUUCUUUUCAUUCCAAAAAAAAUCAACAGUUUUGCCUCCAAGACUACCUAACUGAUCCAAGAUCAGAUUGUGUUUUUCCUUGUCGUGCUGCAUGAGUCCAGUGGAGCCUUUUGUUACUGAUGUGUUAUUAACUUUUAUUCAGUGAAGGAGCAGCUGCUUUAAAAUCUUUGAACCUGCAGUCAUUUUUCGGGCCACUAGAUGGCAGCAGAGUGGCAUAAAAAUCCGGCAUACUGACGUCAUAAAUGUCUAAUAUUUAUUUUCCAGAUGUGGGGGGGGGUGGAGGCGUCACUAUUUGUGUUCAUUUAUGUUUUUUAGAGUUUCCUCCUGCCUUAAAAUGUGGUCAAACAGACAAAUUGGCGUUUCUGCUUCUUGUUUUUGGGGUCCAAUUGGCUUUAGAAUAAUAUUUGUUUUGAUUUAAUUAGAUCAUAAAGGAAUUGAGCUGGUUUCUCCUGCAGGACAUAAAGGAGACAAAUGCAAAGAAAUAUUUUUAUUUUUUUCUAUACUAACAUUUUUUUC